CUGGUGUCUCGCAUACUGUACAGAGACGUUGCAAGCAUAAUGAUCAACUUGGAACUUGGCCUUCUAGCACCGAUACCUGAUGAAAGAUAGGCAAAUAUAGCAUCAUUUCCCCACCCGCGUCCCCUCACAGUGGGUCGCCACGUUUACUGUGCGUCGGAGGCCAACUCCCAUGCUGUGAAGCAUUAGCAAGCUUGGGCGCGAGUCCGUGGGUCAUCUGUGUUCUGAACCAUCACUGCGGGGCACAACGUGCAGGGUGACGUGCGCAAAGGGAAUUCUGCGCUCACAAGGGGCCCGACUUUCGUCAUCGGAUCGAUCUUAUCGGUCAUGGCCUUCCCGCUCAAGUCUCUCAGAACCUAUAUAACAGUCGCAGUCAUAAGCAUGGUCGUCCUCUCCGCGUUCCGUCGCUUCGCCACCACCACCAUCACGCGCACCAUGGCCCCCCUUUCCAUCACUCUCAACGACGGCAAGCAGAUUCCCUGGCUGGGAUUCGGUACGGGCACCGCGCUCUAUGGCAAGGACGCAGCGAGCUUCGUGCAAGUUGCUAUCUCGAAUGGCGUGACCCACCUCGACGGCGCGCAGAUCUACGGAAACGAGGAUACGCUUGGGGCGGGUAUUGCUGCUUCUGGCAAGUCGCGCUCCGAGCUCUUCGUGACCACCAAACUUGCGAAGGUUCCGGAGGGGCAGACUGUCCGCGACACGCUGAUCGAGUCGCUGAAGAAGCUCCGCCUCGACUAUGUCGACCUCUUCCUCAUCCACAUGCCCACCCACCACGAGGGAAAGCUGAAGUCCGUUUGGAAGCAGUUCGAGGAAAUACAGAAGGAGGGCCUGGCGAAGAGCAUUGGCGUCUCCAACUUCCGAGUUAAGGACUUGGAGCAGGUGCUCGAAAGUGCUACGGUCAUUCCGGCGGUAAACCAGAUCGAGUUCCAUCCAUACGUUUACAAGGCUGCCCUGCCAGUACUCGCGCUCCAGAAGAAGCACAACAUCGUCACAGAGUCCUAUGGGGGCCUUACUCCCAUCGUUCGUAACAAGGGCGGUCCCGUGGACCCCGUUUUGGCCACUAUCCGCGCGCGUCUCGAGAAAGACACAGGCAAGAACGUCACAGAAGGCCAGGUCCUCGGUCUGUGGCUCCGGGCCCAGGGCGUGGUUGAAGUCACGACGAGCACGAAGGAGGAGCGCGUAAAGGAAUAUGUUUCGACGCAGAGUCUUCCAGAUAUCACCCCGGAGGAGGUCGAGGCAAUCAGCGAGGCCGGAUCCAAGCUCCAUCAUCGCGCCUUCUGCCAGUUCUUCGACGAGUGAGGCCUCGGCUUGCAAUCAGUGUUAUUAUGAAGUAUCGAACGGAUGUAUAGUACAAUGGAACUAGAGUGUUGUAUGUUGC